AGAAAAAAGGAUUAUCUAUUUUAUAUCAUGAUUGAAUGUAAUUAUAAUACUUAUUUUUAUUUUUGUUAUAUGUAAUAGUAUAUUGUGUAACAAAUGCAAUGAGUCGAUUAUAGCCGAUUUGCACAUGUUGCACACAAUAUUUUUUGUUACCUGUACGUCGAAAUGUGAUCCUUGAGUAUAAAUUAACAAAUGAGAAAAAGAUCACUUUCGGUACACAGAUAGCGAAAAGAUACUUAACAAUUACUGAGUUAUUUUACUUAAUUUAUUAAUUAUUAUACUUUAAUAUUAUAAAUUUACUUUUGAGACCAAUAUUCGCUCAAGACAUGGAACUAUAUAUAAAACGAUAACAUUUUCUUCUUCUCUAUACAUUUCAAAUGAUUUUUUGUGCGCUUUUCAUGCACAUUCUGAACAGAGAAGCUCUUUACACUUCGCGUUAUCGCAUCGUGACGUGCACUUCUCUUUUAUAAUAAAUCUCUAAUAUAAUAUUUAUAAUUAUCUAUAUUUUAAGCUAAACUUCAACAAUUAUUAGAUUUGCGAUAAAUUGUAUGCUAAAUAAUGCUCGGGGUAAUCAUGUUAUGCAAAUGCACAUAAUGUGUUUUCUGUAUGAUUGCAAACGUUCUAUUUUAUCUGAUAAACUUUACAGAGCCGAUUAGAAAUCAGCGCUGAAGGGGAGGGGAGGAAUAGUAGUUCUUUUAUUAACCCUAUUAUCACAUCACAUCGUGACUCUGCUUCUGAUAAACUUGUGCAACGGAGUGUUCUUAUCUUCAUCUAUCAUUCGUAGAGAAGAGAAACGUAUAUGCAUAUCUCAUCAUAUAUUUACGGAAUACUUGAGGAUCAAUAUUGAUCUGUAUAGGCAAAGGCUCUGAUUCACCGCCGACCAGGGAUGAAUAAAAGAACCGAUGAUACGCCGAGAGACAGUUGGCGAUUCAACUAUCACUUUGGAUAUGCUAGAUGUGACCGCGCGAUCGUCCAUCUACUCGUCAUCCUGUUCGGCGUGUCCACUUGGAUCGGCGUCAAUGGGAUAUUCAUCGAGCUGCCGCUGCUCGUCGGCAUUGCCCCGGAGGGCUGGAACUUACCCGCGUACAUAGUAAUAGUCGCCCAAUCCGCGAACGUUGGUCCCGCGAUAUACGCUGUUCUGCACAAGAGCAAGUGCCAGCCGAACGAGUCGUUGUGCAUACUGUGCUUGCUGUGCUCGCAGGUACUCGCCAUGGGGUCGCUGAUAUUCUUUUACGACAGAACCCUCGUCAUCGGUGGCGAGAGGCACAGCCUGAUCCUGCUCGUCUCGGUGUUCUUCAGCGCGCUGGUCGGUUGCUUCAGCUCGGUGCUGUUCAUGCCUUACCUUCGCGACUUCGACGACGUUUAUAUCGUGUCUUACUUCGUCGGCGAAGGCCUGAGCGGCGUGCUGCCGAGCGUAGCGGCACUGAUACAAGACGUCGGGGAACGCGCGACGUGUUAUACUCCUCUUGCAAACGCGACGGCAGGGAUUCCCCCUGGCGCGUUUCCCGAACUGAAGUUCCCGGAGCAAUAUUACUUCCUGUUUCUCACCCUCGUGCUCGUACUAUCGCUCAUUGCAUUUAUCGUUCUGCGAUAUUCACCGUUUGUGCAAGUCAGUAGAUGCCGGCACGAUUCUGAUUUUCUCGCGCAAACUAAAGCAGACUGUAAAACACGCGGCAUCACCGUAAACGUUCAUGGCAUCAAUGUCGUUGACCGCACGUCGGCCGAGAAGAAUAACGAGAUGCCAAACGGUUCGUCUGCGUUUGACGCGGCGAAGAGUUCGCCCGUAUUCAGGAAAUUUUAUUUGUACAUCCUAAUUGGAGUCUGUUGCUUCUUCAGCAAUGGAUUUCUGCCAAGUAUCCAAUCGUACUCAUGUCUACCUUAUGGCCAUCUCGCCUAUCAGUUGUCCAUUGUUUGCUCUCAAUUCGUGAACCCGUUAGCAUGCUUCUUGACCAUCUGGAUCAUGGCAUCGGAUAUAAAAAUUAUUAACUGUCUGUCCCUGUUAUCCUUAAUCGCCGGAUGCUACGUUAUAAGCGUGGCUUUGUUGUCUCCUACGCCGCCCUUGCAAAAAUCAACAGUCGGUAUCGGAUUGAUUAUUCUGUCCUGGAUCAUCCUAAUGGGUGUCAUAUCGUAUCUAAAACUUGUGAUAGUGUCCCUCCUGAAGCACAUUUCGUCUUCAAAAGCGCUCUUCAACAUAGGUGUAGUUAUGCAAACAGGUUCGGCAGGCGGUGCGAUUACUUCGUUUGUUUUAAUUAAUUUCACUGAUUGGUUCAAAACGUAUAGCUCCUGUUCUGAGAACAAUUACUAAUUACCUCGAGCUUUUUUCUAUACAAUAAUAUAUGUACCUAUAUUUUGUCUAUAUAAAUUAAAGUGCAAUAAUAAAAAUAAGUAAAC